AUGGAUGAAGGAUACCGCAUGGCUGAUGCCUUCUGCCUUGGCGGUUCUGUUCUGUUCAGCAGUUCUUUUCUGUUCUCCUCAAAAGCCAACAUAACACACAGUUGUUGUUUUCUGGAAGAAGAAGAAGAAGAAGAACGAGAAGAAGAAGAAGAAGAAGAAGAAGAAGAAGAAGAAGAAGCUGCUGCUGUUGUUGAUGCUGCAAAGCAGCCUAUAUAUCUGCAACAAAUUCAAUUCGAUGUUCCACGAUGACAUGGAUAUUCUCCGGAGAGUAGUUGCAUUGGAUCACAGUUAACUAAUGGCUAA